AUGGUCGCUUUUUGGAAUGGUGACUUGCUGCUAGUUGUGUCACGAGAUCGCCAUUUGAAAUGGCGACCUAUCAAAGGGAAUGUCACGAAGUCGCCUUUGGGAAAGGCGAGUUACGACGAAGAUGUUGAACUCAUGUUUGAUGUUCAUAAACAGUGGCCGCAACUCGGAUCUAUCGAGUUAUAUGUCACAUUUGAGGAUGGUAAUCUAUUAUACGAUGUUGGUCAACCAUCAUCAUCAACCACAUACCAUUUUCAAACACAAAACACUUAUUCUUUUCAAAAUUAUGAAUCUUACCAACCCGAGCCAUACUUUGACCAGACCGAAACAUCUGAACUUGAACCAUCUCAAGCUGAAACAUUUCAACCUGAACCAUAUAUUCCACUAGGUGAUAUGGCCGAUUUUGAUCAACAAGAAAUAAGUGAAGAGAGUGAAGAAGAAACAUACUUUGAUGAAGACGAGGACGAGGACGAGGACGAGGAAGAUGACAAUGACAAUGGUGGCGAUCUAGAGCCAGAACCUCAUGUAAUUAAAACGACAUACGAUCCACCAUUCCAUAUGUGUAAUCUAAAUUUGGAUUAUGCUUAUCAAUCCUCAGAAUUUGAUAUGUCAUCUAAUGAACCACCUCUAUUAGAUGCAUCUCUUGAGAUUGGAAUGAAGUAUGUAAUUAAAUGUGUGAAUCCACAAUGCUUGUUCAAAUGCAUGGCUUCAUUAAGUCAAAAAAGUAAGCAAUGGGUGAUUGGUCGUUUGAAGGGGCCCCACAAUUGCGCAAAUUCCUCUAUGUCACAGGAUCAUACCAAGCUUGACUCUAACAUUAUAUGCGAAAGCAUAAAGUCGCUUUUGAAAGCUGAUCCAUCAAUUAAAGUGAAGGUGAUUAUUGCACAUAUUCAGGAAUGA